CGCCUCUCUCAAUCGAUUACACUACACAAUCAGUUAGCCAGCGCACUUCAUUUACUUCUAUUCGUGCGGCAGCAACCACCAGUUGGCCAAGCGCACUUCGCCGUAGUGCAAGACAUGUGGAACGCGUUUGCCUUGUAAUUCAGUUGACUGAGAAAUGUGCGUAAUACAUUAAAAAACAUUCGUGCAAAAAACAUUCAUAAAUACCAGCGACUCAGAUAUGCAGUUAUCAGAACAGUGCGCAGUCCCCCAUAGCACAUAGGCAGCGAGAGAUCAUGGAUUUCGAUGAAAUUUUGGCCAAGUGCGGCAAUAGCCAUCGCUAUCAAUAUUUACUGCUUGGCUUUUAUGGCUUUCUCAUGGUGGUUGUGUCCAUGCACUACUUCUCCCAGAACGUGAUCAGCUUUGUGCCCGAUCACUGGUGCUAUCACGAGCAGCUGGAGAAUCGCAGUAUUGCUGAAGUCGAGGCCGUCUAUAAACAGUUCGAUAAACCCUCGUGUACGCGGCUAGAGACACUCAAUGGCGACUUGGAUGGGCGGCAUGCGACGGUCAGUGGGGAGCAGUGUGAUCGUUGGAUCUAUAAUUACGAUUUCGGAUUCAGAAGCAUGAAUACCGAGCUUAAUUGGGUAUGCGACGCAGCGUACAAGGCGCGUGUCGGCCAAUCCUUUUUCUUUGUGGGCUCCAUGUGUGGCACUCUAAUUUUUGGUCUACUGGGCGAUCGUAUUGGCCGCGUUAAGGCCGUUAUUUUGGCCAAUUGGUGUGGCUUCUUGGGCGAUUUCUCAACCAUAUUUACAAGCAGCUUGACUGCCUUCUCAGUAACGCGUUUCGUAUCAGGUCUGGCUGCCGAUGCAAACUCGUAUCUGAUGUACAUACUUGUUAUCGAAUAUGUCUCGCCGUCUUUGCGCAAUGUGGGCCUGAACAUGGUUAUGGGGAUCUUUUACUCGUUGGGCUUGAUUGGGGCAGCUUGGCUGGCUGUCUUGGUGGGCCACUGGCGCAUGUUUCUGCUCUGCUCCUCGCUGCCCCUGCUCCUCGUCACACUUUUCUACUUUCUGGUGCAGGAAAGUGCUCAGUGGCUGGUGACGCGUAAUGAUAUCGAUGGCGCCGUGAAUCGAUUACGUCGCGUGGCCAAAAUCAAUCGACGUGUGGUCAGCGAUGAGGACUUCAAGGCGUUCCGCAGCUAUUGCCAUCACCACUACCGCAAGACGGCUGCGAAUGCAGCGGAGCAGCAACAGUCCAAGCUGCUUGACAUGCUGAAGACGCCGCGCAUGCGCAGCAGCGCAUUUAAAAUACUGCUAAUUUUCAUCAUCGUGGUGCCCUGCUAUAAUACCAUUGCCCGCAAUGUGGAGGGCCUGGGCAUAUCGCCAUUCAUACUUUUCUCACUGAAUGCGUUGAUGCUGCCGCCUGCCGGCUAUGUGCAGGGCUUUCUGCAGGAUGUGGCAGGACGCAAGGCCACCGCAGUUAGCUGGAUGACGCUCACCGGCAUAUUGGCCACCGCUGCGGGUCUGGUCAUCUCGCUGGGCCAGAAUCGAAAUGUAAUUCUCUUGGUCGGGCUCACACUGGUGACACGUUUCGGCGUGUCGAUCGCCGACGGAGUUAGCUCCCAGCUCUGCACAGAGCUCAUACCUACCUGUGUGCGUGGGCGUGGCGUGGCCGUGGCUCACGUCGCUGGCUUUGCGGCCUCCUUUCUAUCGCCGUACAUUCUGCAUUUGGGCACGUACUCCAAGCCCGCACCUACAAUUAUAAUUGGCCUGCUCUUCCUCUCUGGGGCGUAUGUGUGCCUCCUGCUGCCCGAGACACGGAACAAGAAGCUGCCGAUGUCCUUGGCCGAGGGUGAGGAGUUCGGCAAGGGCGAGCGAAUGUUCGAUUUUCUGCGUCAGCUUAGAAAGCAAGACUCAGCCGAAAAGGAGCUCGAAGCUGAAUUGAAAUCCAAGGAAGCCCAGGAAACCAAAUAAAACAGAUAUUUUGCCUAUGCUUUUAUGUUUCUAAAUUAUGCUGUAAGCGC